AGUCCCGCCUGGAACUGGACGACCCCGGAAGCUGCAGUGCUAGCGGCGGCGCGGCAGGGGGCGCGGUACCCGUGGUUUUUCGCGUUGGACGACGGGCUCUGAGGGCCAAGUUCUUGUCACGAAUUUAGUUUGUUUCAGAGCGGCAGGACUCGUAGCUAGAGAACGAGGACCCACGAUGCGUACGCGUUACAGUCCUGUUUCCCUAGAAACGGAGCUGCCGGCGCGGAGGUGGCUUUGAGAUUCUGCGAAAGACCUGACUGCUCUUCAACACUUAUUGUGUUGCACCCUCCCAGGCGCCCAGUCCAAACCCCGUCAGAAUAACCACCCGGGACAGCGGUGGUCGAAGUAACUACGCCUAACUUUUCGCUUUCCAUCGUGUCCCCUCCAUAAAAACACUGCUGGGCCCCCGGAAUCCAAAGGCGAAGGAGGCACACUCCCUGCCUUAGACUUGCUGAGAGUUUUAUAGGGGCAGUGCAUAACGUACAUGAUGGUGUAUGACGAUUCGGAUGGUAGUACGAGUCAUAAACUCAAAUUCCAACAGCAUCCAGCCAGGACUUUUAAAAUUCCUUGCAAGGCAAGUCUACUGGUGACAAAUUCCCUCAAAUUUUGUUUGCCUGAGAAAGUCUUUCUCCCUCACUGUUGAAGGAUAAUUUCACUGGAUACAGAAUUCUAGAGCUGGGAUCUCACUAUGCUUCCUGGGCUGGUCUUGAACUCCUGGGCUCAAACGAUCCUCCUGCCAUGGUCUCCAAAAGUGCUAGGAUUACAGAAUGCUAUGAACCUACCUCCUGACAAAGCCAGGUUACUGCGGCAGUAUGACAAUGAGAAAAAAUGGGAACUGAUUUGUGAUCAGGAACGAUUCCAGGUGAAGAAUCCUCCCCAUACAUACAUUCAAAAGCUCAAAGGCUAUCUGGAUCCAGCUGUAACCAGGAAGAAAUUCAGACGGCGUGUUCAAGAAUCUACACAAGUGCUAAGAGAACUGGAAAUUUCUUUAAGAACUAACCACAUUGGAUGGGUCAGAGAAUUUCUGAAUGAAGAAAACAAAGGUCUUGAUGUUCUAGUGGAAUAUCUCUCAUUUGCACAGUACGCGGUAACUUUUGACUUUGAAAGUGUGGAGAGUACUGUGGAGAGCUCGGUGGACAAAUCAAAGCCCUGGAGUAGGUCCAUCGAGGACCUGCACAGAGGGAGCAACCUGCCCUCACCUGUGGGCAACAGUGUCUCCCGCUCUGGAAGACAUUCUGCACUGCGAUAUAAUACAUUGCCAAGCAGAAGAACUCUGAAAAAUUCAAGAUUAGUGAGUAAGAAAGAUGAUGUGCAUGUCUGUAUCAUGUGUUUACGUGCCAUCAUGAAUUAUCAGUAUGGUUUCAACAUGGUCAUGUCUCAUCCACACGCUGUCAAUGAGAUUGCACUAAGCCUGAACAACAAGAAUCCCAGAACAAAAGCCCUUGUCUUAGAACUGUUGGCAGCCGUUUGUCUUGUCAGAGGCGGGCAUGAAAUCAUUUUAUCAGCAUUUGAUAACUUUAAAGAGGUUUGUGGAGAAAAACAGCGCUUUGAGAAGUUGAUGGAACAUUUCAGGAAUGAAGACAAUAACAUAGAUUUUAUGGUGGCUUCUAUGCAGUUUAUUAAUAUUGUAGUCCAUUCAGUAGAAGAUAUGAAUUUCAGAGUUCACCUGCAGUAUGAAUUUACCAAAUUAGGCCUGGACGAAUACUUGGACAAGCUGAAACACACUGAGAGUGACAAGCUUCAAGUCCAGAUCCAGGCUUACCUGGACAAUGUUUUUGAUGUAGGAGCUCUACUGGAAGAUGCUGAAACUAAGAAUGCUGCCUUGGAGAGGGUGGAAGAACUGGAAGAAAACAUUUCUCAUUUAUCUGAAAAACUGCAAGACACAGAGAAUGAAGCCAUGUCCAAGAUUGUGGAACUGGAAAAGCAACUCAUGCAGAGGAACAAGGAGCUGGAUGUCGUUCGGGAAAUCUACAAAGAUGCAAAUACUCAAGUUCACACAUUAAGAAAAAUGGUCAAAGAAAAAGAAGAAGCAAUUCAAAGACAGUCUACCCUGGAAAAAAAGAUUCAUGAGCUAGAGAAACAAGGGACCAUUAAAAUUCAGAAGAAAGGGGAUGGGGAUAUCGCCAUACUGCCAGUUGUGGCUUCUGGCACAUUGUCCAUGGGGUCAGAAGUGGUAGCAGGUAACUCUGUGGGACCCACAAUGGGGGCCGCUUCCUCAGGACCCUUGCCCCCUCCUCCACCACCACUGCCUCCCUCAUCAGACACACCUGAAACAGUGCAAAAUGGUCCAGUAACACCACCUAUGCCACCGCCGCCGCCGCCACCCCCUCCUCCACCUCCUCCUCCCCCACCGCCCCCUCCGCCUCCUCCUCUCCCAGGCCCUGCAGCUGAGACUGUACCAGCUCCUCCCUUAGCACCUCCCCUUCCCUCUGCACCUCCGCUGCCUGGAACAUCGUCACCCACAGUGGUUUUCAACUCAGGAUUAGCAGCUGUGAAAAUUAAGAAGCCAAUCAAGACGAAGUUCAGAAUGCCAGUGUUUAACUGGGUUGCUCUGAAGCCCAAUCAGAUCAAUGGCACAGUCUUCAAUGAAAUUGAUGAUGAGCGAAUUCUGGAGGAUUUAAAUGUGGAUGAAUUUGAGGAAAUAUUCAAGACAAAAGCCCAAGGUCCUGCCAUUGAUCUUUCUUCAAGCAAACAGAAGAUACCACAGAAGGGAUCAAACAAAGUGACAUUACUAGAAGCAAACAGGGCCAAAAAUCUUGCCAUAACUUUAAGGAAAGCUGGAAAGACUGCUGAUGAAAUAUGUAAAGCUAUUCAUGUAUUUGACUUGAAGACACUGCCUGUAGACUUUGUGGAAUGCUUGAUGCGGUUCCUGCCAACUGAGAAUGAAGUGAAAGUGCUUCGGCUCUACGAGCGGGAAAGGAAGCCUCUGGAAAACUUGUCAGAUGAAGAUCGGUUCAUGAUGCAGUUUAGUAAAAUCGAGAGGCUCAUGCAGAAGAUGACCAUCAUGGCCUUCAUUGGGAACUUUGCUGAAAGCAUUCAGAUGCUGACUCCUCAACUACAUGCGAUUAUAGCAGCAUCUGUCUCUAUAAAGUCGUCCCAAAAACUCAAGAAAAUUCUGGAGAUCAUCUUAGCCCUUGGAAACUACAUGAAUAGCAGUAAAAGAGGAGCAGUUUAUGGAUUUAAACUUCAGAGUUUAGAUCUGCUCUUAGAUACAAAGUCAACAGACAGAAAGCAAACACUGUUGCACUAUAUAUCCAAUGUGGUGAAAGAAAAAUAUCACCAAGUGUCCCUGUUUUAUAAUGAGCUUCAUUAUGUGGAAAAAGCUGCUGCAGUCUCCCUUGAGAAUGUUUUGCUGGAUGUCAAGGAGCUCCAGAGGGGAAUGGACUUGACCAAGAGAGAGUACACCAUGCAUGACCAUAACACGCUGCUGAAGGAGUUCAUCCUCAACAAUGAGGGGAAGCUGAAGAAGCUGCAGGAUGAUGCCAAGAUCGCACAGGAUGCCUUUGAUGAUGUUGUGAAGUAUUUUGGAGAAAACCCCAAGACAACACCACCCUCUGUCUUCUUUCCUGUCUUUGUCCGGUUUGUGAAAGCAUAUAAGCAAGCAGAAGAGGAAAAUGAGCUGAGGAAAAAGCAGGAACAAGCUCUCAUGGAAAAACUCCUAGAGCAAGAAGCUCUGAUGGAGCAGCAGGAUCCAAAGUCUCCUUCUCAUAAAUCAAAGAGGCAGCAGCAAGAGUUAAUUGCAGAAUUAAGAAGACGACAAGUUAAAGAUAACAGACAUGUAUAUGAGGGAAAAGAUGGUGCCAUUGAAGAUAUUAUCACAGAUCUUAGAAACCAACCAUACAGACGAGCCGAUGCGGUGAGGAGAAGCGUCAGGCGGCGCUUUGAUGAUCAGAACUUGCGUUCUGUUAAUGGUGCCGAAAUAACAAUGUGAACCUGAGACUGGCCUGCAUGAAUACAGGGUGUGCGUGAAUGAAACUGCCCACAUGAACUUUAUGUGCUACCAUUUAACUGCAGCCUUGAACACACAAAAAAAUAUUCUUAAGGGCUCAGAUUUAGCAAACACAAAAGAAUUUUAAAAUGAGCUCUCCUUUCAACCCUUAACAAGUGCCUAAAAAUGGAAGUACCUGUUCAGAUUAAUCAAAGCAAUAGGAUUUGAUUUGACUAGGUAUCUUUUUACACCAGUAUGUUAUUUUUAACCAAAAUGUAAAGUUCUUAUUAAACUCAUUACCUGCCAUUGUGAUUGUCCCAUCAUGGCCCACCUGGUUUCCUGAUGUUGUAAAUAACAUCAAUGCAUCUGCUGUGGGUCCUUUGCUGAGAUGUCUUUGAAGGAAUUUUGUUUUAGCCAUAUCCAUCAACUUUGUAUUUUACUUGCAAUUUGGAAGAAGGAAAGUCACAUGAUGAAACUCCUUUUGUCUAUAACCAGGCCCUGGCAAAGUGCAAACAGGAUGCAACUGCAGUGGCACAAAGGUCACUCAAUCCUUUGUUUCCAGUUUCACAUUCUACUACUUCUGUGCUAGAGAACGAUGCUCUGUGAGAGGCAUUCACUGGUAUGAAUGUGGGGAUAUAGUGUAUAAGACUUAUUUGCAGUACUGUGUUCUUCAGCUAGAGGCAGCUUUUAAAAUAAUGCAAGUGUAUUUAUUAGCAUUAAAAUUAACAUCUCAGUAAUCAGCAUUAGCAUUUCUGAGGACCAUUAUUAAUUCUGAGAACAGAAAUUGGUGCCUUGCAAGGAAGUUUACUAGCUCUAUCAACAAGCAUUCAAGGUUACAUCUGCUAGCAGAGUAGUGUUAGGAACCUGGCCUUAUUCUCCUCUGACAAUCGCAAUUUUUUCUUAUUUUUUGUAAAUUCAAGAAGAUACACUUGGCAUCGUGUAUCGAGGCUAACUUUUUCAUGCAUUUCCCAGACUACUUAUGGAGAAUUGCAGUUUAAGUUGCUGAAAAGUAUUAACAUGGUAUUAAGCUUAAAUAAUACGUAAUGGGACUAGAUGGCCCACUAAGCCACUGUUAUUUUUCCUUCCUCUCUGGCAGGGCACUUGAUCCAUUCCAAAGUCAAAAACUGGACUGAAGCUAAAUUUGUACUUUUCAUAAUAUACAUUCUGCUUCUGGCUUAUCUUCUUGGUACAUCAAUAUAUUAAUUGUAAAGUUUAUUGUAUAGUAUUUAACCGCUGAAGUUCCUAUUUUAUGUUGUGCUUAUGUGAACCCCUUGGUGAAGGUCCCUUUUCCUUGGAUGUGUAGUUAUAUGAUCUUUUUAAAUGUACAGAUAUUUUGCUAUAAAAUCGGUGCAGUUUUUUAUGGUUUUUACACUUCUCUUUAAUUCCCACCUAAGCCUCUGGGUAAUAUUGUAAAUAUUGUUUUAAAAUGCAUCAGCCUAUGCUAUACAAUCUGAACGUUAUUUUAACUUAUAGUUUUUUUUAAUAUAUAUAUUUAACUAUAAGGACAGUUUAGGGAACAAGUUACCUACCACAUUUCACUUUAGUGUACCUAUUUACAGAAAGAUUAAACUGCCACCUGCGGGCACAUUCCCAUAAAUGUGUACUUUAAAAAGAACAUGCCAAGAUUUUGUCUUUCUGUGGACUCAACAUUCACUUCGAUUAAAAAUAGCAAUUUGACCAAGUUGGACUUCCACUACAAAGCAGCUGUUUUCCAAAGUUCAAUGCUGACAUAUAUAUAUAUUAAAAUAAUUGCCUAUUUAUUAAUCUACAAAUAGACAACGUUGGCAUGUUCUUUUCUGUUUGUCUAUUAAUGGGCCUGCUUCUUAGCAAUAUUAGAAUGUUUUAUAAAAGCAAUUCAUGUUACUUUUCUGGUCUUUUCAUGGCAUAUGAGCAAAUAAUAAACUAUUUACACUACUAUUCUGUAA